AUGUCUUUGAGGUCAGAACAAUGUCCAGUCUCCGGUAUGGCUGGUGGUUAUUGCCCAGCGGGGGAACGUAAGGCGAUCAACGAGCUGAUCUAUUCGAACGUGCCUUCGAUGGACGAGAUCAAAGAGAUUCAAAAUGCCAAAGGCGUGAAGAGUCUUGACACCCUCAACAUGAAUGACCGAGAUCUACUGGCAAUUGCGCUUGGUGCACCCGCUCGUCAAGUCAUACUACGUGCGGAAGAAGUCGGCUCUGUGACAGGCUGGCGAGAUGGCUACUUGAGCACCGAGUACGGCUUCCAACCUCCAGACACAAGCGAGGCUCCUGGUGCCCUACGCAACUCUCCAGGACGAGUAUGGAUGGAUCUGUGUACAAGAAUGCCUGGCUGCGUUGCUCGUGGUCGAGUGCGGGAAUCAAUCGCAGCAUUACCAAUCAUCCAAGGAACGGUCGACACCAUCCCAGACAAAGCUUUAUGGGCAGCUCUGGUCGCCCUUGGCAUGCUUUGCUCUAUCUACCGGUAUGAAGAGCGACAUGAUGGCAAUGAGGGCAUCAACGUAGCUACGAAGCCUUUGAAACUGAAAGGUGUUCCUAUAUGCGACGAUCUUGGCGACGAGGUCAAAGGCAUCCCUCGUAGCAUCGGCCUUCCGUACGUUCAGAUUUCCAUUCGGAUGGGUCGGUCUAUUCCCCACCUCACGUUUUUCGACCAGUCGUCUUUCAAUGUCGACUACGUCGACCCACUUUCGAAAUAUCCCUAUGUCGGUCGCUUCGACAACACCAGGUUGCGAUGGGGCAUGUUCGGUGACAGCGCUGAGAAUGCGUUCCUCAAAGGGUGCGCGGAUACGUCGGCGAGCUUUCAGCAUGGUCCUGAUGCCAUUGCGGCGUGUCAAGAACACGUUAUGAACCGUAACAACGAGGGGCUCCUUCGUGAACUCAUUCGCUUGAAAGAGAUCUUGGAACGAAUGCCCACAGCCUUCAACACCAUAUCGCCCAACGAUAGAUCUGGCGAGAACUAUGUGUCUCCUACCGAGUGGGUACGCUGGGCUAAGUUCUCGGCGCCUCUGUCCAAACGUUGUCCAGCUACUUCCGGCCUACAAUUUCCUCCGCAAGUCAAUCCAUCUAUCUUAAAGCUCUUUACUAACACAUUCAGGUACCUGGUCAUGGAUGCCUUCCUUGGUCGCAAACAGUAUAACUCAUUUCUUGGCGCCGAAGGUGUACAUCUUCGAGCCUGGCUGCCGUCGAAUCUCCGUGCUUUCAUUGCUUCCAUCGAGUAUCAUUAUCAGAUACCAGAAUAUGUGAAGGCAUCUGGAGACCCCCGAUUGAUGGGUGUGCUCGAUGGCGUGGUGGAGGCAUACACUGGUGAGCGAGGCUUCAUGGGUGUCCAUCGGUACAAAGUGUUUGGUAAGCUACUCGAGUGCGCCGGCAAGUCUGGUCGGACUGAGACAAAUGGGGCUUCUGGAGCUGCUGACGCUAUGAGACCCUGGGAGCAAACGCAUGCAGAAUUUUCCGAGGCUAUGAAGGAACGUCUGGAGCCUUUCCGUGGACAACGUGAUGUCGAACCACACGAGAUGCGUGGUACUUUCGAAGAAUGCCGAUACCGAGGCAGAAUCCUGAGCAGGAACUUCGUCGACUCGGAUCCCAAGCGCUCCAUUGCGAUGGUCACUUUAGACAUCCAGGACACCGGCAUCACCUUUCAGCCUGGCGACCGACUUGCUAUCAUGCCAAUGAAUAGCUGGACAGAGUGUGCGAAGGUUGCAGCUGCGCUAGGCCUUGAUACUAUGCUUGCAGAUCCUGUCAGUCUGGACCGUAUAUGGACACGAUACGCUGUUCAUAUGGGCGCCAUCUCGCAUACAGACAAGCCCCAGCUCAAUGUCCUUGAUAUCCUACGCAAGGGUCAUCUUGCGCCGAUAACCAAGAAGCUUGCCACAAAGUUGCAUACCCUGCUGCGAGCGUCAUCGCAUGCAGUGCUGCAGGUCCUAGCCACAGAUGAAUGGCCUGUACGAGCCUCACUCGGUGACUUACUUCAGGCAGCUGUGAAAGACACUUCGCCACGCAUCUGGGACCAAGCAUUCGACCUCUCUGGCAAUCUGGUCUGGCUGGCAGAACUCAUUUCUGUCGAGGUACCACGAACUUACAGCAUCUCCAACUACUCUGACGAACUUCUUCCUAGUACUGUAGACUUGUACGACCUCUGCCCCACGUUCGCAGGUACUGCCAAACAUGUGCGGAACGGCGUUAGCAGUGGCUUCCUAAACCCGCCAGUAGCCGAAGAGAUGGACGUACUCGAUGACGAGGAUAUAUUGAUCGGCGUGUCGAGGCCUUUCUCAUUUCAAUUGCCACAUGACGACACCUCGCCUGUUGCGCUCUUUGCAGGUGGCAGCGGCGUGGCACCUUUCCGCAGCUUCUGGCAAGCUCGUUGCGGCCAAGCAUGGGGAAAAACUGUCUUAUAUCUCGGUGUACAGUCCCGGCAAAAGUUCUGUUAUGAAUCUGAGCUUCGUCAGUAUGUCAACGAGGGACUGAUAGAAGUGCAUACGGCAUUUUCGCGCGACACGAAUGGCCUAGUGUACGAUCCUGUUUCCAGAGACCUUGUGGAAAAGGAAAUGCCUUCACGGUAUAUUGACGGGCUUAUCGUGGAGCAAGGGCAGUCCAUAUGCGAUCUCGUUAUGUCAAAGAAGCAAGGCGGCAUCGGUGGCUACCUUUACGUAUGCGGUUCAGUCGGAGUAUUUGAUUCAGUCAUGUCCGGCAUUCGCCAAGCGCUCUACAAUCAUCGAUCGCCUACUAUGGAAACUGUGGAGACCAUAUUGAACACUGCAUUUGCCGAGCGACGCUUUAUGCUCGACGUCUUUAUGACCCCAAGACCUCUACCUUGCAACCAACCUACGAUAUCGCUUUCACAGCUAGCUCUUCACACCGGUCAUAUCAACGGUUCGCGCGUAUGGAUCGGAGUGCAUGGUAAAGUGUAUGACGUCACCGACUUUUGCGCAAUGCACCCAGGCGGUACCAAUAUCAUCAAAUCCAACGGCGGCGUAGACUGCACCAAAUCUUUCGAUUUGUUGGCCCAUACCAACAAUCCCGAAGUCUCGUCUCUCUUGACCAAGUACUACAUUGGAGAAAUGACCCCGAAGCCCGCUUUUCAAUCCGAGGAGAUUGGCAUGCUUUACGAUCUAUGGAAGGGUUAUCUUCGUGUCGCAACUGAACAAGUGGUCGCGUCGAACUUCGAGGUUGGCAUGAUCACAGAGUCGUCGCUCGUGUGGUUCCAGGGUGACCUCUUCAACAUGGGAGGUGUGCGCAGAUUCUACCACUACCAGUCUCGCCUAUUAGAUGGUGGUUUUUCUACUCUCUUUGGAGCAAAACUGCAAGAGCUCUACCUCAAGAUCUCAUUCACUCUCGCCAAUGUUUCUUCUGCCAACACCAAGUUAUCCGACGUCCUUGGUGUAAUCGCCCGCGCCAAAGGCUCCCAUGAUGCUGUCACGGCGUGCAACGAGAUUUCUCAAAUCGGCCAAUUCACCUGCGACAGUGAAUCUGCUCGUCAUCAUGAGAAAGGUAUCAUCGCAUAUGCGCAGCGGUCUGUCCGAUACGACAUGGAGUUUCUCGAGGCUAUUAGGGAAGAAGCUUGUACUGGCAUGGAUGCUUUUGACAGUAUUAUGGAGCUCGAUGCUCUAUCCAAUUCCGAACGCGUCACUGCACUUUCCACGUUUCUCAUGCAAGUACUCGAAAGGAUGGCGAAUCGCCUUGAAGGCUUUUACGCCAAGCUCGCCCGUCACUCCGUGUUCCAACCCGAUAUGGAGAGAAACCCGGCUCGUGCUCGAUGGAACAUUCUGAAACGAAAGGUUUGGGACGGUUCCUUCUUUAUUCUAGCCCGCGAAGCAUCCAUUCAGCCGGCUGCUAGAAAUCCCACCAACGGUGUCGAUUUCGACCGUGUCGUAUCACAGAUCGAGAUGAAUCUGAGCAAAUCUUCACCGAUGACGCCACGGACCAUGGGGCUCAACGAGCAGCAUGCCGCUCGUGCGAUGAGCACUGCAAGCGGUACCCCUGCGUACGAACAGCACACGCAAAGUAACGCUCUCAAGGCGAUGUCGACUUUCAUUGACACCAACAAAAAGGCCAUUCGGCGUUUGAGUAAACUACCGCAAGCUAUCGAUCUGCGGCAAUUAAUGCAAGCCUAUGGAUCGCUACCACAGGGUAAUCAUGCUCUGCCAACGCCACCGUCAAGUCGAUCGCCAUCGUUAUCGUCAUCUAUGAGAUAUUCAAUGGGACGCCGAAGAUCCAGGACGCUCAAUGACACGCCGCAGCUGUUGCAACGUCGUGACACUGCUAUGUCUGACUGGGCUCGUUCAAACUCAGGUGCAUCGGCUCAUCCGUCACCAACUGCCGCUAUGUCAGCAUUGAUGACCAAGAUGAACACUCGCACAAAAUCCAUAAACUCACCAGUCGAUCGAAGUCCCGAUCAUGGUGAUCAGGAUCGAGCGCGGUCAAUGCAAGCGUUUUCUCUGCAGAGGCCGGAUAGAAUGAGUGGUCUAGGAAUUACAGGAUCUGACCAUGGAGCUGGUAGUCGUAUGGAUGGCAUGCAUGCGCGUUCUAAGAGUACCACUAGUAAUCUGAAGGCGUUUCGACUGCAAGCAAGUACUAUGGCUGGUGGCAUGAACCGGAGAAGCGAUAUAGGGCGAACAUGA